CUCAAUUCUUUAUUCCUCUCUGCCUCUUUCGGUCCACCAAUGGAAAGAAACUUUCAAAAAUGAAAAGUUACACAUCCUAUUCGAGAAUGCACAAACACGGGUCUACGCCCGAAUAUGAUACCCCUCCAUGGGUUCUUUCUGCAAUAAUCAUCGGUCGGUAGCCAAAUUCUACUCGUAUGUCCUGCUCUAUUCAUAUGAGAUUAUAAAAAAAUUCAUCAAGAGCCCGGAAGCAAUUCCGGUUCAUUGCUUCGCCCAUUUUUUCUUGGCACUCUGGCUCCUUCAAGACUCCUCUGUUUUAUGAACUAUUCUUAGUAAUUUUUUAUUCAUUCCGAUAAGAAAUCAUCUCCUGUAUGUUUAGCUUUAGUGGCAUCGUGGGAAAACAUUAGCUGGUGCAUGUGUGUCAUUGCCAUUUCUGGCAUGAUAUCAAAAUGCAUACAAACCAUACAUACACCCGAGUUCAAAGGAAAAAAAAAAUAUCAUUCAGUCUCAAUGCAGAUUCAGAAUAAUCCGUAUUCUCGCAAAAGCGUCCGAUAAAAAAUAAAAUGUAGAGAG